AUGAAUAAUGGAGUAGCUCGUCAUGCGCUUUCGUUGAUUGUGAAUGCCAUAUAUUUUACGGCUGAGUGGGAGUAUAAGUUCUAUAGCGAAAGCAAUACGAAGCAGAAAUUCUUCAGCUCGGAAACAGAUGCUAGAGAGAUGGACUUCAUGAACGAUAUGGAAGAGCAUCGACUAUAUGCAGAAGAUGAUAGUGUACAAGUCUUGUCUUUGCAGUAUAAGGACACUUCUUAUGCGUUCAACAUCUUUUUGCCUAAGAAAAGGUUCGGUCUUGAGGAGCUGAAGGAAAGUUUGAACGGCGCAAAAAUCCAACAUCUGCUAUCCAAACUGGAAAUCGCUUACAUAUCGGUAUCAAAAGCAUAA